UGGGCAAGCGGCUACAGUAACUCUACGAUUCGCGACAAUCUAAGAUAGGAGUCCGAAUCGGGUUGUGUCUAGUGUGGAAAGUGGUUGUACUUAGAUGUAAGAACACAAUAGUGGAACAAUCUUCUUUAGUGAAGGAAAUUACUCAAGAAAUUGAGUUAAGUGCGGUGCAACUAAAUCAUAAAGGAAAAAUAUAAGCGAAUUUUUAAAAUUUCUUACUGAAGUGAUUGUGCGACCUUUUCGGAGGCGGUACAGGAAAACCUUUCAAAAUGACACUCACCAAGGAUACUAUGGCUGAUCCAGCCAUUAUUUCAGCAACAAGUGUUUUCUACUUCCUGCUUUUACCUACACUUUUGCUUUGGUUCAUUUAUUGGAGAUUAUCACGAAGGAGAUUGUACGAGUUAGCCGAAAGAAUCCCAGGACCUAAAGGACACCCGAUCAUUGGAAACCUUUUGGAUGUUAUUGGUUCAUCUGCAACCGUAUUCAAGUGCGUGGUGAGUAAAAGCAUGAAUUUCCCCAACCUGGCCAAGAUCUGGAUUGGACCUCGACUUGUUGUCUUCUUGUACGAUCCUCGAGACGUCGAAAUUAUUCUGAGCAGUCAAGUUUACAUCGACAAAUCACCAGAAUACGAAUUCUUCAAACCAUGGCUUGGAGAUGGUCUGCUCAUCAGCACAGGUCGUAAAUGGCGCUCACAUAGGAAACUGAUAGCUCCAACCUUCCACUUGAACGUCUUGAAAGGUUUCAUUGACUUGUUCAAUGAGAACUCUCGACAUGUAGUCGCCAAACUGAAGGCCGAGGGGAGUAAAACAUUCGAUGCCCACGAUCAUAUGAGCGAAGCUACCGUUGAGAUACUUCUGGAAACCGCCAUGGGUGUUUCAAAGAAAACUCAAGACAAAUCAGGCUAUGAAUAUGCAUUGGCUGUAAUGAAAAUGUGUGACAUUCUCCAUGUACGCCACCGCAGCAUAUUCCUCCGCUCUGAAUUUUUAUUCACACUCACCAAGUACUACAAGCAACAAGGACGCCUCUUGGACAUUAUUCACGGUCUAACAACAAAAGUCAUCAAGAAAAAGAAGGAAGCACUAGAGAAGGGUACCGCCGGUAUUAUACCUUCGGCCAAAAUCAAUGAAGCCUACCUCAAGAAACUUGACUCAGUUCCAACAACCGAAACUGCAUCCGUGGAUGGACUCUCAUUCGGACAAUCGAGUGGUCUCAAGGACGAUUUGGAUGUUGAAGAAAAUGACAUUGGGGAGAAAAAACGUUUAGCAUUCUUGGAUCUGCUGCUGGAGAGUGCUCGCAAUGGUGCAUUAAUCUCAGACACGGAAAUCAAGGAACAAGUUGAUACCAUCAUGUUUGAGGGGCACGAUACUACCGCGGCGGCAAGUUCAUUCUUCUUGUCAUUGAUGGGAAUCCAUCAGAAAAUACAGGAUCGAGUUAUUCAAGAAUUGGAUGAAAUAUUCGGUGAUUCUGAUCGCCCAGCCACUUUCCAGGAUACACUUGAAAUGAAGUACUUAGAACGAUGCAUGAUGGAAACAUUGCGAAUGUUCCCACCGGUGCCAAUCAUUGCCAGACAAUUGACGGAAGACGUGAAACUCGCGUCAGGCGAUUACACUGUCCCAGCAGGCGCCACUGUUACUGUGGCUACAUACAAGUUACAUCGCAAUCCAUCCAUCUAUCCUAACCCAGAUAUUUUCGAUCCUGACAAUUUCUUACCUGAGAGACAAGCGAACAGGCACUAUUAUGCGUUUGUUCCGUUCUCAGCAGGUCCAAGGAGCUGUGUCGGUCGUAAAUACGCCAUGUUGAAAUUGAAGAUCCUUCUUUCGACAAUCCUUCGCAACUUCCGAGUUUAUUCAGAUCUCACCGAAAAGGACUUCCAAUUGCAAGCUGAUAUCAUUCUAAAGCGUGAGGAAGGUUUCCGAGUACGGCUAGCUCCAAGGCAAAGGACCGCCAAGGCUUAAUUCGAAGCGCAUCUUCGCCAUCAUUCUUUAGACUUUAGGUUUUUAAUGAUGAUAUAAAAGGUUUUUUUUUUAAUUUAAUGUUAUUUAGUGUCACUCAUUCAUUAUUACUAUUUUUAAGCAAGAGGAAUGCACACGUGACAAAAUAUGCAAAAAAAAAUUAUAAUACACUUGAAAUAUCUGAAUGGGUUUUUAGUCUACCAAUAAUUUUAAACUGCGGUGAAAGUGAGAAUGUUGUCGAAAAUGUGAGAACAAAAAUCCUGAUAAUACAUCGCUUAAGACUAUUUUCGGAAUUGAUUGUAACAUAAGAAUAAAUUUGUUGAAAAUAUAAAA